AUGCCGCCCCAGAAGAAGCGCUCUCGCGGCUCCGGCAAGGCGCCGCAGGACCCCAAGGCCGCGCAGAAUGAGAACCACGAGGUGGAGAUGAUGGAGGACGACUCGGACAACGACAGCAGCGACGACAGCGACGACGACCUCACGUUCGCGGCGGCGCCCGACGGCGCGCAGGACGAGGACGACGACUCGGACGACGACAUGGACGGCGGAGAGGCCGCGGCCGCCGCCGGGGGCAACGUCAGCGUGGACUUCCUCUUCUCGGACCCGCGCGAGGCCCAUUUCCACAGCGUCAAGCAGUUCCUGCUGGCCUACCUGCCGCCGUCGCAGCCCUUCGACGUGUCGGGUCUGGCCAACGCCGUCGUGGGGCAGGUCACGGCCGGCACCAUGGUCUGCGUGGAGGGCGAGGACGACGUCUACGGCUUCAUCACCGCGCUGAACCUCAAGAGCUUCGCCGCCGAGACGAGCAUCCAGCAGGUGCUGCAGUACGUGACCAAGAAGUGUCCGAGCGCGGAGCUGCCCAAGCUGCAGCAGAUCCUCAACACCAAGAACGUGGGGCUCGUGCUCAACGAGCGCAUGGUGAACCUGCCGUACCAGCUGGUGCCGGCGCUGCACUCGGCGCUGCACGAGGACAUUGAGUGGGCCAUCGAGAACGAGGAUACGGAGGAGCUGCGCAACAGCUUCAAGAUGGACUACUUCUUGAUCCUGGCCACGUGCACGGAGGAGAAGAGCGGCAGCAGCGGCUCCAAGAAGGGCAAGAAGUCCAAGACGGCCUACGAGCAGACGGCCAAGUUCUUCCACAACUUCGAGGACGAGUUCCUGGAGCAGGAGGCCGAGAUCAGCUUCUCGUUCGACACCCCGUUGACCGAGCGUGAGCGCGUGGACAAGAGCAGCAAGACCACGGUCGUGAUGCUGCUCGAGCGCGAGAAACACAAGGCGGCGUUGGCCAGCAUCUCGGUCAUGAUCAACGUGUAA